AUGACUGUGUCCAGUAGCGGUGCUGCUUCAGUGCAGCAGGUCUUCCCUUUCCAUGAUGGCUGGAAUAUUGCCUGCUUUGUAAUCCUCCUCAUUUUCAUCUUCACUAUACUCUCGCUCGCUACUCUGGCUUUCCUGUACGAGCUGCUCAACCGCAGCUGCUUCAACAAGACCGAGACCACACACAACGAACGCAGCACCACUGACGAAACCGUAUAG